AUGAUGUUGCCUGGGCAGGACAGCCACACCUCAUGCGUGGGCUCGGCAAAGGUCCGAGUGGAUACGGGUCUGACAAACAUGGGUGUGCUCCAGCUCCACAAUCCCACUCACCCCGGCACGCUCCUGCAGCGGGCCAAUCAGAUGCGUUUGUCCGGAACCUUGUGUGAUGUCAUCAUCACGGUGGACGGGCAGGAGUUCCCGGCGCACCGCACCGUCCUGGCCUGCACCAGCAAAAUGUUCGAGAUCUUGUUCCACCGCAGCAGCUUACGCUACGCCCUGGACUUCCUGUCCCCCAAGACCUUCCAGCAGAUCCUGGAGUACGCCUACACCGCCUCGCUCCAGGCCACGGCCGAGGACCUGGAUGACCUGCUGUACGCCGCUGAGAUCCUGGAGAUAGAGUACCUGGAGGAGCAGUGCCUGAAGGUGCUGGAGACCAUCCAGGCGGAGGAGACCGAGGAGGUGUCGGUGAGGACUCACAGCUCCGCGGACCCCAGUGACCACAGCCGGGCCAGGCACUGGAGGCACAUGUUGAUGUCCAAGAAGCAUUCCAUACAGGACGGACCCAACCGCAUCAGUCCCACCGCUCUACACCACCUGGCGCUGUACCACAUGACGGAGGGGAACUCUCCCGGCACAAGGGCCCGAGGCGGUUCUGAUUUGAGCCCCAAGCUGGACACGGAGGUCGAUAUGGAGAGUUCCCAGCAGCCUCAGCGUCGCAGUGCAGAGUCAUCCCAAACCUUGUCUCUGGAUCCAGGCAGAAGAAUAAAAUCAGAGAGCAUGCAGGUAGAUGACGCCAGCGGCUGCGAGGGCAGGUCCUCCAGCGCCGGGGAGGGAAGCUGCAUGUCAGACCAUCCCAGAGACGACGGCCCGGGGACUCCACUGAGAGGCAGCGUGAUCACCAGCGCCCGAGAGAUGCACACAGGCCCCGAAGACGGAGGCCAAAUAGUGGGGAACUCUCUCGACUGUUUCCCCGGGAUCUCGGAGAAACAUCUGGCCUCCAUUUACUCUGUGCCCUCCAACCACACAGGGGAGGGGAUGCUGCCAGUGUCAGUUUCAGUGGCCCCGUCCCUGGGCGUCCCGCUGGAUCCGAGGGCCUACGGCGGCCUACUGCAUCAAGGCUUGUUGCACAGGGAGCUCCUCAGCAGGCUGGGCCAGUUUGCAGCAGGGAUGAGGCACGAGGGCCAGGCUCAAGGCCAGCAGUGUUGUAGCGAGUGUGGGCUUCAGCUACACAGCAGGCAGGCCAUGGAGCAGCACAGGAGGCUGCAUAACGAGGAGAAAGGCCACGGCUGUGAAUACUGUGGCAAACACUUCCAGGACAACAUGCGACUAAGGAUGCACAUGCUGUCUCACACAGCUCCUGCAGAGGCGCUGGUGUGUGAUCAGUGUGGAGCAACGUUCUCCUCAGAGGAUGCUCUGGAAGCCCACAGGCAAACACACACAGGGACUGACAUGGCGGUGUUCUGUCUGCUGUGUGCAAAGCGCUUCCAGACCCAGAAGGCCCUGCAGCAGCACAUGGAGGUCCAUGCAGGCAUGCACAGCUACAUCUGUAGCCACUGUGAGCGCCCUUUCCCCAGCCACACUACCCUCAAAAGACACUUGCGCUCACACACGGGCGAUCACCCGUUUGAGUGUGAAUUCUGCGGGAGCUGUUUCAGAGACGACGGCACGCUGAGGGGCCAUAAACGCAUCCACACAGGAGAGAAGCCUUAUGAGUGCAACGGCUGUGGGAAGAGGUUCAGCCUUAAACACCAGCUAGAAACUCACUACCGUGUACAUACAGGUGAGAAGCCAUUUGAGUGUAAGCUGUGUCACCAACGGUCCAGAGACUACUCGGCUAUGAUCAAGCACCUGCGCACUCACAACGGAGCGUCUCCGUACCAGUGCACCAUCUGCCAGGACUUCUGCCCGAGCCUGGCCGCCAUGCAGAAGCACAUGAAGGGCCACAAACCGGAGGAUGUGCCGGCGGACUGGAGGAUAGAAAAGACUUACCUGUACGUCUGUUAUGUCUGAGCAGGACUUGGACCCCACGCACGCACACGCACACGCACACGCACACACACACACACACACACACACACACACACACACACACACACACACACACACACACACACUAUCACUGUUGGGUGAAAACCUCGUAACUCCAGUGUUGCUGUUUUUUCUUGCUGAAAGAUUAUAUGUGUCUCUGUGGAUUUAAAAAAUUAUAUUUCAGACUCUUUUUGGAUAAACUGAAAAAUGCAUUGUGUGAAGUUGUCGGUCUGGGAGAUACAAGGUUUUUACCAGACAACAGAGACAUGCAAGCACGAAAACAAACGUGUGUACACACUGGGGCUGCAACUAAUGAUUAGUUUCAUUAUGAAUCAGAUAAUAUUUUACGACUAAGUGUUGAAUCAUUUAGUCAUGUCAUGUAGUCACAUUUUGGUGACAUCUUCAAAUAACCACUAUAAAACGGAGAAAAGCAGUAAAUUCUCACAUUUUACUGAAUAUUUAGUAUUUUCUCCCUGAAAAAAGACUCAAACACACAAAUGGUUGACAAUGAGUUUCCUGAGGACUUAUUGUUUCAGCCCUAGUGCACACACACACUCUCCACACACACACAGUUUUGAUAAUAACUGUAUCUGUAAUGGAUCCACUGUGGUUAAAGUCAACUGCUGACCUGUAUGUGUAGCAGGAGAUUGUUGAUUGAUUGAUUGAUUGAUUGCUAAACCAUCAGACAACCUGAGUCGUCUUCUAUGAUUGUGCAGUAGAUGUUGAAUAAAAAUUCCACAAAGGCUCGAUUGGCUGAACUUUGCAACAUUUUCUCUCCUAAACUCUCGUGACUUUUAUUUUCUGCUGUUGGAUUUUUGUUUUGGAGUUCUUUAUUUUCUGCAUGUGUUACUUGAAUGGCUGCCACGUUUUGACCUCAUAAGCUUGAUCUCUUUAAUUGCCUUGUCUUUUUUUUUGCAGUGGAUGUUAUUGUUUCGAGGUAGCUGGCUUACAAUUUGAGUUUAUCUUGCAAUGUAACCGGUUUUGCUAUUUAUAUGUUGUUUAUUUGUUACCAAAUAUGUGCUGGUUUUCAUCACGGUGUCUCUUGGGAUGAUUUCUAGUAGAGCGAGCUCUACCUCUCCUCACUUUUAAAUCUACUGCAAAUUAUUCAGUCAUCAGUAGUUUUUAAUUUUCUAACAAAUACAUAAUUUAAAUGGACAAGCAGUGUGGAAAAAAAACAGCCUCAACAUGGCUUUUAUGUGUAGUUUUUUAUCAGUAACUAUAUAUACAUGUCUUAUAAAAUCACAGAUCAGAAUUUUCUAGGAGGAAAUGAAAACAUGAAAAGAAGUUGCUGUUUUUUUUAUAAAAACAUGAAAAGAAAAUUCUGACAUUGAAUCACUAUGAGCAGGUUAUUGUCAGUUGUAGUGUAGCUGUAAUGUACAAAUUGUCAUGUUAUGUUAUUCCCUUAUGUGAGCCUAAAACAGGCCUUAUAGAUUUAAACAUGUUGUAUUUUUGUAUUACAGUAAUUUGCUAUCUGUUUACAUUUGGUAUGAUUUGAGAAACAUCUUAAUGUGUGUGUUUUAUAAGUCUCUGGUUUGAUCAAGAUCCCUCCCUUGUGCCUCUUUUAUAAGUAGAGCAUUGAUGUGCUUGAGUACAUGGGUCUGUGCUAUUGGUAGUUGUUUCUGGGUGUUUGUUUAUUGUUACUUAAUUAAAGAUAGACUGCCAUGUAGAUCCACUUUGUCUGAAAAAUUGCAACUGGAAGCAACAUACUGUGAUAGCGGCUGAUACUCAAGCGUGUACUUUUUACUUCACAAUUGCUUGAAACUUGCAUCAAAUUGUUCCCCUUCGAAGUGACAAUGGACUGAGGUCUUUGGAUGAAAACAGUGUGUACAGCAAAUCUUGGCGUCUGUGGGCAUUACCAAUGCCUUCUUAAGUAGCCAACAACACUCAGUGCCAUGAAAACACACAUUCACUGUAUCUAUUCUACAUGAACAUGCACUAUAAAUGGAUUUCCUUGGUGGACCAAAAGAAACAGAGCACUUUUGUUUGAAAAGGGUUUUUUUUUCUUUGAUCUUUCUAUGUUGUGAUAAUACAGAUGUCCUUUUAUUUGAUGUGUCCUAGAAGGAUGUGAUUAGCAUUGUUUAGAUUAUGUCAAUGUCUGUCUACCUCAGGGCCAGAUCAAAGCUCGACCUGGUAUCCAAUCAGGGUUGUUCUUCUUGCCAUGUGUGCAGUAAAAUCCCUCUUCAUUACAGCUUUGUAACACAGUGUGUGAAAGUGUUUUCUCAGUGUGGAUUCAGGCACAACUCUGUAUGCGUCAGUGUUCGGUGGCAUGGUUAAAAAAAGAAUAAAACAAUUUACUAUUUUAUGCAUCUUGUCUCAUUUGCCCACUGUUUCUGCUAUCUGCAUUCAAUGUUGAAAUUCUGUAUGCCAAUGUUUUCCAACAUUUUUUUUACAGAUGGUCUUCAAUUAAAACCAUCCGUCUUGUUCCA